GGCGCCGGGCGCUUUGUUUUUUUAAAUCUAAGACCCCGGUCUGGAGAAGUGUGCUUGAGCUUGAGCACCCCUGUCUGCGCACCCAUCUAGUUUCUUCUCGCUCCGGACUUGCCCGGGCAAGCUGAUGCCUCGCAAUGACAGUUCUUUUUCUUAAAUACACGGAUUUAAGAAACGAAACCCGAAGCAGCCGAGCCACUUCCGGGAACGCGGGCAGAGCGCGCAGCCGUCGGGCCGCCGCCGCCCCCAGCGACUGCGAAGCUAUGGCCCAAGCGUCGCCGCGCCGCGCGGAGUGUGUGCGCCCCGCCGGCAGCCCCGAGGCCCAGCCCGCGCGGGACGGGCUCCCUUGCCCCACCGGUGUCUUUCAGGUUGCAGAAAAGAUGGAAAAAAGGGCGUGUGCACUCUGCCCCAAAGAUGUCGAGUAUAGUGUCCUGUACUUUGCACAAGCAGAGAAUAUAGCUGCUCAUGAAAAUUGUUUGCUGUAUUCUUCAGCACUAGUGGAAAGUGAGGAUCAUGAUGCACGGAAUCUUGACAGGAACUUUGAUGUGGAAUCAGUAAAGAAAGAAAUCCACAGAGGAAGGAGACUGAAAUGCUCAUAUUGUGGUAAAAGAGGAGCCACCGUGGGAUGCGACGUAAGAGCUUGUAACAAGUCAUACCACUUUUUCUGUGCCAAGGAGGACUACGCAGUUCCACUAAGUGAUAAAGCUCAAGGAACUUAUAAAUUGUUAUGCCGAAGACAUGCUCCUACAUUACCAGACAUCACUUCAAGAGCUGAGUUCCCAGAAGUGAAAAGGAAAAGAGGAAGGAAGAAAUGUCGCCCGACAGACAUUCAUAUACAGGCACUCGAAACAAUGGAAUUAAAUACAUCCAUGAGACAAAUGAAGGAAGAGCCUGGCAGACACACAGAUGCAAUUGUGAAAGUUCCUUUCCUUAAGAAACUUAAGGAAGCAGGACUUCUCAAUGAGUUAUUUGAAGAAAUAUUAGACAAACUUCAUUUGAUUCAAGAAAGACUCAUGGAUGAGAAGACUUCAGAAGCAGAGUAUGAAGAAAUUGGGACUUCACUUUUUGACUGUAGAUUGUUUGAAGACACGUUUGUACAUUUUGAAGCAGGCUGCCACACAUGGCUGGGCAGGCUGAGCACAGCCCCACGGAAACCGGUGGGAGCGGCUGCCCCUGAAGUUGCACACACGGCGCCCUGCACGCUGUUCUUUCCACGGAGAUAAUCGUCUCUCCAGCAAGUGGUGUUGACACACUAGCUUUUCCCUGUGGGGAAAACAGUUCAUAUCCCUGUACCAACAUAUACUUUCUCAUUUUGGCUUUCUAUAUUAUACACAUUUCUGUUUGAAUUUUGUACUAUAUAUAUAAUUAGCUGAAAAAAAUGUUUUUAAAAAUCUACUAAACAUAGUGUCUCUUGAGGAUAUCCGCUAAUGGCAGUAUCUGGUUUUGUUUUGUUUUGAAGAAGCAGCCUUUAAAAUCUUUUUCUAAAAAGCUUUAGUUUGUAGGGGACUUUGUGUUUUUCUUUCAUGUGAAAGUUACACAUUGGGAACAUGUCACACGUCAUUACUUGGAGGGGCUGGCUGGGAGCAUGUACAGUACAAUGCAGUGUUUGGGGGGAGCAGGACUCCAGGGGACACUACUUGCAAAUGCACAAGGACCAACCUAAAAGGCUUAACUUUUGACACCCUAAGUGAUAAAGACCUGCUUGAUCUAGCCUUAGUAAUGUUCCAAGUUAACUACCGGCAGCAUUUAUUCUGAAGAAACAUUACGUGUAUCUGUGUAUUUUAAAACUAUUCAAUUUUGAGGCUUUUAAAAAUUAUGCUGCCACUGAGUACUACUCAUUAUUUAUAAGGCCUAACUAAAGUAACUUCUUCCUAAGUUUCUACACUAAAAGUCUUCCUAUUUCUAAAGAAAACCAAAAGCUUUCGUGUAACAUUAAAAAUUGGAUGCCUUGUAUAGAAGACUUGCCCUUAUCCUUGCUAGUCUAGCUGCAUUCUCUCUCCAGUUACCAUCUCUCAGCAAGUGGAUGUAGUGUAGCAUGAAGGUGAUAGUCGCUGGCUUUUGUGUUUUUUGCUGUUCAUUACAGACAUUUUGUGCACUGUUUUUAAGUUCUUCAAGAUAUAUAUGAGAGACUUGUUCUGCUGUAAAUGUAUACCAAAAUCUUAAAGAUUUACUCACCAGCUUUAUAUGUGAUAAAUGCUAGAAUUCUAUCCUGAAUUAGAAAAAAGAGGAAGCAAAGGUAUAAAAGAACCAGUUUUUGCUCGCAAGACUCUAGAUUCUUUUCAUUUGAAGCACAAGUAUUGUGUACUCCGGGCCCAGUGAGGUGGCUCACGCCUGGAAUCCUAGCACUCUGGGAGGCCAAGGCGGGCGGAUCGUUUGAGCUCAGGAGUUUGA